CCGGGUCAGGGCCCCGGAGCCACCAUGGAGACUCGCAGGGCUGCGGGGCCGACGGAACCGCAGGUCGGCGUCAGAACCAAGUGAAACGCUGCUUGGCCAGCGCCGCCUGGGACACGCAGGCCGGUCCCGGGGAGCCGCGGUCGCCGCCAUGUCGGUGCUGGGCGAGUACGAGCGGCACUGCGACUCCAUCAACUCGGACUUUGGAAGCGAGUCCGGGGGUGGCGGGGACUCGGGCCCGGGGCCCAGCGCCAGUCCGGGGCCGCGGGCCGGCGGCGGCGCGGCGGAGCAGGAGGAGCUGCACUACAUCCCCAUCCGCGUCCUGGGUCGCGGCGCCUUCGGGGAGGCCACGCUGUACCGCCGCACCGAGGAUGACUCACUGGUUGUGUGGAAGGAAGUUGAUUUGACCCGGCUGUCUGAGAAGGAACGUCGUGAUGCCUUGAAUGAGAUUGUUAUUCUGGCACUGCUGCAGCAUGACAACAUCAUUGCCUACUACAAUCACUUCAUGGACAAUACUACCCUGCUGAUUGAGCUGGAAUAUUGUAACGGAGGGAACCUGUAUGACAAAAUCCUUCGUCAGAAGGACAAGUUGUUUGAGGAAGAGAUGGUGGUGUGGUACCUUUUUCAGAUUGUUUCAGCAGUGAGCUGUAUUCAUAAAGCUGGAAUCCUUCAUAGAGAUAUAAAGACAUUAAAUAUUUUUCUGACCAAGGCAAACCUGAUAAAACUUGGAGAUUAUGGCCUAGCAAAGAAACUUAAUUCCGAAUAUUCCAUGGCUGAGACGCUUGUGGGAACCCCAUAUUACAUGUCUCCAGAGCUAUGCCAAGGAGUGAAAUACAAUUUCAAGUCUGAUAUCUGGGCAGUCGGCUGUGUCAUUUUUGAACUGCUUACACUCAAGAGAACAUUUGAUGCUACAAACCCACUCAACUUGUGUGUGAAGAUCGUGCAAGGAAUCCGUGCCAUGGAAGUCGAUUCUAGCCAGUACUCUUUGGAAUUGAUCCAAAUGGUCCAUGCGUGUCUUGACCAGGAUCCUGAGCAGAGACCCACUGCAGAUGAACUUCUGGAUCGUCCUCUUCUCAAGAAACGCAGGAGAGAGAUGGAAGAAAAAGUCACUCUGCUUAAUGCACCUACAAAGAGACCAAGGUCAAGCACCGUGACUGAAGCACCCAUUGCUGUAGUAACAUCACGAACCAGUGAAGUCUAUGUUUGGGGUGGUGGGAAAUCCACCCCCCAGAAACUGGAUGUCAUCAAGAGUGGCUGUAGUGCCCGGCAGGUGUGCGCUGGGAAUACCCACUUUGCUGUGGUCACAGUGGAGAAGGAACUGUACACCUGGGUGAACAUGCAAGGAGGUACUAAACUCCAUGGUCAGCUGGGCCAUGGAGACAAAGCUUCCUAUCGACAGCCAAAGCAUGUGGAAAAGUUGCAAGGCAAAGCUAUCCGUCAGGUGUCAUGUGGUGAUGAUUUCACAGUCUGUGUGACAGAUGAGGGUCAGCUCUAUGCGUUUGGAUCAGAUUAUUAUGGCUGCAUGGGGGUGGACAAGGUUGCUGGCCCAGAAGUGCUAGAACCCAUGCAAUUGAACUUCUUCCUCAACAAUCCAGUGGAACAGGUCUCCUGUGGAGAUAAUCAUGUAGUGGUUCUGACACGAAAUAAGGAAGUCUAUUCUUGGGGCUGUGGAGAGUAUGGACGACUGGGUUUGGAUUCAGAAGAGGAUUACUAUACACCACAAAAGGUAGAUGUUCCUAAGGCCUUGAUCAUUGUUGCAGUUCAGUGUGGCUGUGAUGGGACCUUCCUGCUGACCCAGUCAGGCAAAGUGCUGGCUUGUGGACUUAAUGAAUUCAAUAAAUUGGGUCUGAAUCAAUGCAUGUCUGGAAUCAUCAACCAUGAAGCAUACCAUGAGGUUCCCUAUACUACCUCCUUUACAUUGGCCAAGCAACUGUCCUUUUAUAAGAUUCGUACCAUUGCCCCAGGCAAGACCCAUACAGCUGCUAUUGAUGAGCGAGGCCGGUUACUGACCUUUGGCUGUAAUAAGUGUGGGCAGCUGGGCGUUGGGAAUUACAAGAAGCGUCUGGGAAUCAACCUGUUGGGGGGACCCCUUGGUGGGAAGCAAGUGAUCAGGGUCUCCUGCGGUGAUGAGUUCACCAUUGCUGCCACUGAUGAUAAUCACAUUUUUGCUUGGGGAAAUGGUGGUAAUGGUCGCCUGGCAAUGACCCCCACAGAGAGACCACAUGGUUCUGAUAUCUGUACCUCAUGGCCUCGGCCUAUUUUCGGAUCUCUGCAUCAUGUCCCAGAUCUAUCCUGCCAUGGUUGGCACACCAUUCUCAUAGUUGAGAAAGUCUUGAAUUCUAAGACCAUCCGUUCUAAUAGCAGUGGCCUCUCCAUCGGAACUGUGGUUCAGAACUCUAGCCCAGGAGCUGGUGGCGGCGGCCCUGGUGGUGGUGGCGAAGAGGAGGACAGUCAGCAGGAAUCUGAAACUCCUGACCCAAGUGGAGGCUUCCGAGGAACAAUGGAAGCAGACCGAGGAAUGGAAGGUUUAAUCAGUCCCACGGAGGCCAUGGGGAAUAGUUGUGGGGCUAGCAGCUCCUGUCCUGGUUGGCUUCGUAAGGAGCUGGAAAAUGCAGAAUUCAUCCCCAUGCCUGACAGCCCAUCUCCCCUGAGUGCAGCAUUUUCAGAAUCUGAAAAAGAUACCCUGCCCUAUGAAGAGCUGCAAGGACUCAAAGUGCCCUCCACAGUUCCUCCAGAGCACAAGUCCCCAGUGGGAGCCUGGCCAUCACGGCUGAAUCCUGCAGUACCAUGUGCUGGGAAGGGAACACCGUUGACUCCUGCCUGUGUGUGCAGCACUCUGCAGAUGGAGGUGGAGAGAUUGCAGGGUUUGGUGUUAAAGUGUCUGACUGAACAACAGAAGCUCCAGGAAGAAAACCUCCAGAUUUUUACACAACUGCAGAAGCUGAACAAAAAAUUAGAAGGAGGGCAGCAGGUGGGGAUGCAUUCCAGAGGAACUCAGACAACAAAGGAAGAGAUGGAAAUGGAUCCGAAGCCUGACUUAGAUUCAGAUUCCUGGUGCCUUCUGGGAACAGACUCCUGUCGACCCAGCCUCUAGUCUCCUGAGCCUAUAUUGCCCCCAGGAAACUGGGAUCCAGAAUACUUCACAGCACACCUACCGAACGCAGAGAGCAGCUUUCCUGGCUUUGUUCACUUGCAGACAAGGAACGUAAGGCGGAGGCUCUGAAGCACUUUCCUAGUACAUUUGGAGAGUGGCAUUGCCUUUUAGAUAGGAUCUAGGAGUGAUUUUAUUGUUUUGGAGAAUGGAAGGGCCCUGUGGCCCUAGCUUUGUCACCAGUGACUGCCAUAGCAGCAGCAGCUCCGUACCUCAUCUGUUGAUCCCCCCUUUGAAGAGGAGACACGGUGCUCACUUUAAUCGCGCUGGUAGCAGCUCAUAUCCCAUUUGUCAUUUUCAUCGUUGAUCGGAAGCUGCCAUGGGAAUUCAGCACCAGGCAUUGCACCUCUGGGUGGGGGAGGGAAAAGUGUGAAAUGGGGGCAAGCUGGGACCAUGUGUGGCCCACCCAGGUUCCUCUGGAGAGUGGCAAAGUAUUCUGAGCCCUCUCAGGAGCCCAGAGUCCAGGAAAAUGUCUGGUGGAGUCAAUCUAGGGUUUGUUUUCAGAAAGUUCAAUUACUUCGUGCAGCUAAAUGCUUUAGGAGGAAAAGUGGGCUUAGAAUGCUUUUCCUCUGAGGGUUGAUUGAAAUGUCUUCCAUGAGGAGUAGACAAAGGGCAGGUCCCACCUCAUCACACUGCUGGAGUUUCAGGCUGUGGCCAGUGCAGGGUGGGAUUUCCCAGCUCUGAAAGACGCCUCUGAGAGAAGAGGUGUCUCAGAGGGUUCAGUGGGGGCAGUGAGAAGAGCCUUAGGAAAAUCACAAGGAGUGCCUCCAUUAGUGCCACUGCCUGGUGUCUGAGAGGCAUCAGGGUGACGCUGAGUCUUCUACACCUGGGAAGCUUUUGUGCCUCUGCCUUUGUGGCUCUUCGAGGCCUAAUCCCUUCCUGUAUGUUUAGUCAGUAUUUUUCCCCUUUUUGGUGUUUUUGAAGCCAUGUCAUAACCAGUGAAUCUGAAUCAUCUUUCUUACUUGAGUGGCCCAAAGCCAGCACCAAACCCUGGAGGUCCCAGAAGCCUAACAAAACAGAUCGAACCUGCCAAAAGAAAGGAGUUUGGCAGUGAGCUCACUUGUGAUGUGCCUUUGUAGACAGGAGCAAGAGAAAUAGUGUCCUGGAAGAACAAAACUCCAUAUAGAUAGUUCUAGGCAAGUGUUAGAUGGUGCCCAUGAGGAUGUAGGCUUUGGGUUUCCACCAAGCCUUAUAAAGUGUUCCUGUGGUAGUUAGGGUCACAGGAGCUGAUUUGAUGGUCUUACGUCCUUCCUCCCUACAAGUCACAAAUAAUUUUGUUUUCAGAAACCAAACAGAUCUGUUAAAUAUUGCAGGAGGGCCUGUGUAAGGGAAAAUCUGCCGUUUCCCUAAAAUUGGUGGUAUAAAGGCUGGCGCUCAGAGAAAGUCUCAUCUCUGGGGAUGGGCAACUCUGUCCAAUGGGAUCCUCUUUGGUUUGAAGUCCCAUUGUUUUCUCAAUUCUGAGAAGAAUAGUACAUUAGUACUAAUGUAGUCACUGAAGCCUUUUCCUAAAAUAAGGGGAAGGCCAACCCUGAAUUAAGGUUACAAGGUCUGAGGGUUUGCUGUAAACCCUGACAGCUGGUUUCGGUUCAUCAUAAAUGCAGCAUUGGUUUCUCAAGGACUGACUGACCUCUCAAUGUUCCUGCAUCCUGAUGCUCACCAUUUCAGCAGGCCUGAGCAGCAGGGCUAGUUUUGGUGUUCAUCAUGGAGCUGGCUUCUGCUCUGGAGCUAAGGGAUAUGGGUACGUUGCUGAGACUGUGGGGUGAUGGUAAGUGUUGAAGGGGGCUCAAAGCCCUUGCUUUGUUUCUAGAGGAGAGUCAUUCCCUAGCCGUGGAACGCAUUGGUCAGUUUCUCUAGCAUAUUUCCUAGGGAAGUCUAGGUUUGCUAGUAAUCUGGAUGAGAACCUGAGUUCUGUGCCUUAGAGACAAUUGCACUUUCCCAAAUUGUGCCUGGGACAACAUGAUUUUUCCCACCAAACAGCUAUGCAAACAGAAACCAGUUCAGAGGUGGCAGCCAUGCGUUGGAGAGAGUGAAAGUCAAGACAGCAGAAGUGCCUUUGAAUGGUUUCCUGUAGCUGAUUCCCCCCUUUGUCCUGCUUUUCUUCUUUAUGCGGUUCUAGGUAUUGCUUUUGAGUUACAGUAUAACCUGAGUUACUCUUCUAUGCUGACACUGUUGCAGAAGAACUAGCUUAUUGUUAGCCAGAUGCUGGAAAGGUUGAGGGUGGAGUGGUUUGGCAUUUCUGUUUUAAAUAAACAUUUAAACUCUCAAUUAGUGCUGUGCCUCAGUAAGCCUGCGCAUGGCCACCAUCACUGGAGAUAAAACACCCACAUUCUGGAUCUGAAUCUUUGAUUCCAUGAAUGUUUAUAUAAAUAAAUAAGUGUUCUUGUAACGGGAACAGCACAAGGAACACUGCACAGAAAUAAUCUCUGCUGCUUUUCCAUAUCUUAUUCUUGCCAACAGAAUCAUUUCUGCUAUUUCAACUUUUUUAUGAAAACUUUGAAAUGACAGUGCUGUAAGUUCAGAGGAAGAAAAAAAAUAAGUUAUUAAAAGAAUGGUCCUUUCCUGUACUUGCCUCCUUAGUCUUGUGGGGGCUUUUCCAAGUGAUCAUUCCAGUUUCUGUGUAUAAAAUUUUUCCCUCAAAGAGGCUGAGCCAUAUUUGGUCUCCCUGGCCUAGCACAGCCAAGUGACAACUGCUCUUGGCUAAGCAUUUUGCUGAAGUCUAAAACUCAAAUUUCAUUUGGUUCAUCAUCUAUUCAAAAACAUUCCUAAUAGGACAGUUCCAAAGCAAGGAUGUAUUUUGGGCAAAUUCAUUCAAUGCAGUCUCUGGGCCUCCAAGAAAGUAUUAGAGAUGGUAGCGUCAGAGCAUAGCAAACAGUAAAACAUGUCCUUCCUGCUGCAAAGCCAGAAAUCAUUUAUUGCUUUAAUGUUUAACUAAGGAAAUAAAUGUACUGAUCAUUAAACCCCCCAGAACCAUGAACAUAAAGAGAAAAGCUCAACCGUCAAAUCUCUGCUACCUCUUGGGUAGUGUGAAGAGUCAUCAAUCACCUGAAAGCAAAUGUUGACCAGAAGGUGCCGUCCUGCAUGAAAUCUGAAGAAAUACUAUCUCUGCACACACUUAUAAAUGAAGUGAAUUUCCAUGUGAGUUCCACCAUGAGAUUUUUCCCAUAGCUUAACUUUUUGAACUUUUAAAAUUUAUAAUGUUUACUUGGACUAAAGUUUCCUGGAUAAAGUAAUAUAAAAUAUAGACAUUUACAGGCAGCAUUUUUGUGUCUUCUCUCAUCCUAUCCAGGAAGAGACUUAGAAAUAAAGUUCUUACCUCUUCUCCAAAUCCAAGUCAAGCUAAAUUUAAAAGACUAGUAAGUGAAUAAGCAAGGUCUAAACAUAUAGAGAUCAAAGAGAACACCAGGCAUUGACUAUUUUUUUAUUUCUUUGGCAAUUUAAGAAUGAAUUACUACUGCAUCCAUGUCUAUAGAAAGCACUCUCUACAUACAUAUUCAUAGUUGAUGGGUUUUGAGGACCUUAAUGACCUCAUCCAGGGAUCCCAAUCCCAGGUGCAAGGAGGCAGAUGAGGCAAGUGACACAGGCCCCACCUGCUGUCGCCUCCACUGACGGAGCCACGUUUUCUGAACCCCACCAAAUUUGUCAUUAGGUUGCUGGUUCGGUGUUUCCAGUUUUUCAAGAGAUGUUCUGUAUUCCAGUUUUUAAAUGUCAGAUUUUAACACUGUGCAGCCAAAUAAUACACAGCUGUGGGACAGAACUGUCCAUAGGCUUCUACUCUGUAACCAUGGCCACAGCUUAUUCUUUGCAUCUAUUGCUCUUAAUAUCAAGUGUGGAACUUAGUGUAUUCCUCAUUAAACUUGCCUGGGAAAUGUAAA